AUGGCACAUACUAUUACUCUACCAAAUCGGCAAGAUUCAUAUCUUCAGGAUAUUCAGAAUAAUUCUAUCAAGACCAAAUCACUCUCUCACUCCGCCAAGGACCCGGUCCCCCAUCGUGGCAGCAUCUUGCCGUUUUCGAGCCCUUCAGACGACAAGGAGAAUCUCGCAACAGAGGAUGAAUUCCAAUCGCCCAUUUCUACAUGGAGCCCGAAACGGCCAGCCCUUCGUGCGUUACUUCCCGAAUCACCAGUCGAUGAAGAUCACAACCUAGAUUCCGAGGUCCCAGACAUUGGUCACAUUGUUCGAGGCCUGUCAGUGCCAUCAUCAUGUCAUCUGGCGCCAGAGUCGGACGAUUUUCUGAUCAUGGUGGACCGAGGUUUAUGUAUCAGUGACAAUGGAAUUCCGUCACCUCCUGCCUGUCAGCCAUUCCACGCUCGCAGCGCUUCGUCGGCAUACCCUUCACAGAGUAACAACACCUCCCGAAUUCAAUCUCCAGUAUCAGAGCACUGCCGCGGCAACAGGCUCAGCUUCUCUGGCCUUUCACGUUAUGGCCGGACCAACGAUUGUUUGUCAAACCUGCAAUCCGACACGCCAACGUCUGGGAGUCGGAACCCGGGUGACACCAGCAAUCAUGAUCUCAUGGCAGAUACGGCAGCCGCCAUCACAGAGUGGCAGGGUGCAACUGCGCCCAAAAAGUCAGCCAGAGCUCACAACUUUGGCCUAGCAGAUCACUCUGACUUAUUUCCAUCCGACUCUCUGUCACAGAGAGAUGACUUCUCUCUGGCUCCAUCAAGCCCUCCAUCACUACCAUCCAAGCCAGGACCAACUCACCGAUCAGCUCAAACACCCAAACAUGCAGACGACCUUGACACUCAAUACGACGGCACCGUGGACCCCGGUCGCAAUAGAACCCCUGAACCCAAAAAUGGCCUUACGCCUGCUCUUGGGGCACCACCAUUAUCUCAACGAGCUAAGCGAAAAGCUUCCGUGUUUUCGCUCUGGGGCUUGACCAGGUCAUUUUCCAAGCGCCCCAAGGUCGUGGCCUUCCGGCAAUGGGCAACCAAUGUGUACCGCGGCAGCAGUCGGCGUAUCAGCAACGCAUACGAUCGCCUCAGGUACCAACGACAAACGCAUUUCAGUGAGUUGGGGCCAUGGAAAGGCAUGAGACGUCGACGGCCAGUCCAACCCCGCAAGGGAACCGUACCAGGAGGAGACGGGGUAUUUGAAUACGAAAAAGAUCCCAAUGGCAAUGGGGAAUGGUGGAAGGACGGUGUGGGCAGGUAUCAUCACUUGUGGAAGAAUGCUCAACGUAAACGCGCAGAAGAGUGA